AUGGCGGCGGCCGCGGCGCUCCCGGGCGCGGGCGGGCCUCCCGCGGGCGGCGGGGCCGGCGGCGGCGGCGCGGGCGGCGGGUCCCCGCCGGGCGGCUGGGCCGUGGCGCGCCUCGAGGGCCGCGAGUUCGAGUACCUGAUGAAGAAGCGCUCGGUGACCAUCGGCCGCAACUCGUCGCAGGGCUCGGUGGACGUGAGCAUGGGCCACUCGAGCUUCAUCUCCCGGCGCCACCUGGAGAUCUUCACGCCCCCGGGCGGCGGCCAUGGCGGGGCGGCCCCCGACUCCUCCACGCAGCCCGGGCCCGACGCCGGCGGCGACUUCUACCUGCGCUGCCUCGGCAAGAACGGCGUGUUCGUGGACGGCGUGUUCCAGAGGCGCGGGGCGCCGCCGCUGCAGCUGCCGCGCGUGUGCACGUUCAGGUUCCCGAGCACAAACAUCAAGAUCACAUUCACUGCGCUGUCCAGCGAGAAGAGGGAGAAGCAGGAGGCACCCGAGUCUCCUGUGAAGCCCGUGCAGGCCCACAUCUCGCCCCUGACCAUCAACAUUCCAGACUCCAUGGCCCACCUCAUCAGCCCCCUGCCCUCCCCUACGGGAACCAUCAGUGCUGCCAACUCCUGCCCGUCCAGCCCCCGGGGAGCAGGGUCCUCAGGGUACAAAAUGGGCCGAGUGAUCUCCUCUGACCUCCAUCUAAUGGCUGACAGCUCACAGCCAGAAAACGAAAAGGAAGCUUCGGGUGGAGACAGCCCAAAGGAUGAUUCAAAGCCACCUUAUUCCUACGCACAAUUAAUUGUACAAGCAAUUACAAUGGCUCCUGAUAAACAGCUCACCCUCAAUGGGAUUUACACGCACAUCACUAAAAACUACCCAUACUACCGGACUGCGGACAAGGGCUGGCAGAAUUCAAUUCGCCACAAUCUCUCUCUGAAUCGUUAUUUCAUCAAAGUACCACGUUCCCAGGAAGAACCAGGCAAAGGCUCAUUCUGGAGGAUAGAUCCUGCUUCUGAAAGCAAAUUAAUAGAGCAGGCUUUUAGGAAAAGACGGCCUAGGGGCGUGCCUUGCUUUAGAACCCCUCUGGGACCGCUCUCAUCUAGAAGUGCCCCCGCCUCUCCUAAUCACGCCGGAGUGCUGUCUGCUCACUCCAGCGGUGCCCAGACCCCCGAGAGCCUGUCGAGGGAAGGUUCGCCGGCCCCCCUGGAGCCCGAGCCUGGCGCCUCACAGCCCAAGCUGGCUGUCAUCCAGGAGGCACGGUUUGCCCAGAGUGCACCAGGCUCCCCGCUGUCUAGUCAGCCCGUGUUAAUCGCUGUGCAGCGGCAGCUGCCCCCGACCAUCAAGCCCGUCACCUACACUGUCGCUGCCCCUGUGACCACCUCGGCCUCCCAGCAGCCCGUGGUGCAGACGGUUCACGUUGUCCACCAGAUCCCAACUGUGUCCGUCACCAGUGUGGCCGGACUGGCCCCAGCGAACACGUACACUGUUGCCGGGCAGGCUGUGGUGGCACAGACAGCCAUGCUGGCCCCUCCUAAAGUGGAGCCACAGGAGAACGGAGACCACCGGGAAGUGAAAGUGAAAGUGGAACCUAUUCCUGCGCUGAGCCAGGCCACCCUGGGCACUGCCAGUCGGGUCAUCCAGACGGCACAGACCACCCCUGUCCAGACAGUCACCAUCGUGCCGCAGCCGCCACUAGGUCAGCACCAGCUUCCGAUAAAAACUGUAACGCAAAACGGGACUCACGUGGUGCCAAUCCCCGCAGCUGUGCACGGCCAGGUGAACAACGCAGCGGCGAGUCCUCUGCACAUGCUGGCGACACACGCCUCAGCAUCGGCCUCCCUGCCGACCAAGCGCCAGAACGGAGACCAAUCAGAGCAGCCGGAGCUGAAGCGGGUCAAGACUGAAGACGGCGAGAGCAUCGUCAUCGCCCUGAGUGUGGACACGCCUCCAGCGGCCACAAGGGAGAAGGGCAUCCAGAACUAG